AUGCAUACCCGGAUUAGCUGCCCACUUCAGCGCGGAGCGUAUACGGCCGCAAAGCUACCCUUCGCUGCUGUAUGCCUCCCUAACCUUGCUACGCUCAGGCGUAAGCCUUCAGUGAUAGCACAUGCACGGUACUCUCCAGCCGGAGGGGGUUGGAGUCCAUCGCCCGGCAUCGUCGACCGUGUAGUCGCAGCGCUGCCUUACAUCCUGCCAUAUUUCGACGCUGUCUCUUAUGGAAGAUAUCUUUUCCAUAUUUAUCCAGCUGCCAAGGCUGCCAUCCAGCCGUUCCUUCCCGCUAUGGCCUUGUACCAUUCUUUGCCGUUUGGCUCUUUCAUCGCAUUUUUCGGCCUCUACAUCGGGGUUGUUAAUAACCCGCGGUUCAGCCGGUUCGUGCGGUUCAAUGCAGUGCAAGCGAUCCUGCUGGACAUCCUCCUGGCGCUACCGCGGCUGCUGGAGACGGUAUUGACACCACCGGCGUCAGGCUGGGGUGCACAACUAUACAUUCAGUCUCAGAGCUUCAUCUGGGUCUUCACGACCAUGUGGGUCGCUUACGGUGUCGUAAGCAGCUUCCUUGGUCAAUGGGCGCGGAUACCUUUCAUCGCCGAGGCUGCAGACCAGCAGAUCCGGUGA